CAUUCAUCUGUUCGUCGUCAAUCUUGAUCGGGUGGAGCUUUUCCCAAUCUCCCAUGGCUUCCCCCUUCUUCUCAGAACUCACCUACUCCGACAGUCUUACUGUUCUCGGAAUCUCCGUAUGCACCGCUCUCGUCUGCGAAGCCAUCUCUUGGCUGCUUAUCUACCGCACCGCCUCCUAUAAAUCCCUAAAAUCCUCCAUCGACAAAGCCUCCAAAAAGCUCGAAACCAUGAAAACCACCGAUGCAGCUUCUACCGUCCUCAAGAAGUCAUCCAAGACCAAAAAGAUCGACCGCGUCGAAACCUCUCUAAAGGAAUCCAGCCGCGAUCUCUCCAUGUUCAAAUUCAAAUCCGGCGCCGUUGUUGCCCUAGUUUUGUUCAUGGUUUUCGGAUUGCUAAACAGUUUGUUCGAAGGCAAAGUGGUAGCCAAAAUUCCGUUUGUUCCGAUAAGAUUGGUGCAGAAGAUGAGCCACAGGGGCUUGCCGGGGGACGAUAUGACGGAUUGUUCGAUGGCCUUUUUGUACUUGCUGUGUUCGAUCAGCAUUAGGACUAACUUGCAGAAGUUUUUGGGUUUUGCGCCGCCGCGUGGAGCUGCUGGUGCUAGCUUAUUCCCCAUGCCUGAUCCUAAAGCCAGUUGACCAGCCACAAGAUUGAUAGCAUUUCGGUAAUAUCACUAGUUAUGCGUCUUUUAAUUAUUUGUUAUGCUUGUUAUUGGAUAUUGAGGAUCUUAGAUACUAUUUCUACUUCAAGAUCAAUGGAUUUUCACUAGACUCUUCAGGAUCCCAUUGAUAUGUGAUUUAUGUAAGGAUCAAGUUGUACAUCGUGAUUAUCUAUCUGUCUCACAAGUUUUAGAUCCUCAGACUUUCAUAUUAGAUUUAGGUGAAAAUUCAGGCUGACAUUCAUACUCUUUAUGGAGGGUGAAUCAAUUGCAGCAGUAGCUGAUUCAAUCACCUUCCUUUACAGUUCUUUCUUUUGUGAGAAAGUGGUGAAAUUAUGUGUUUUCUAUC